UAGUUUUACGUGUAACACUCGAACAUCUUCCGGUGUAAACACUAACCUGCUGUUUCAAAAAGAAAUCGCUGAUAACUUAAAAACACGGAUAUCAAAAUAGUGUAGAGCUUUUAUUAAAUCCUUUAGGAACUAGGUAAGUUUUCGUUCUACACGCUGAGUGAAUGAAAUAAUGGAAGGGCUGCCGCAGCUACCGCCUGAACUCUGGGUUUACGUAUUUAGCUACCUUAGCACAGAGGAAAAACAUGCGGUUCGUUCCUGCUGUAGGCACUUGAAGAAACUUGUUGACCACCCAUCCUUGUGGAAAGACUAUACGGUGGUGAUGUCCGAACUACGUCGCUACACCUACGGCUUCUGGCAUACAUUAAAUUACCGCAAACUCACCCGGGUCACUGUGCGACACCUACGGCGAAAAGAAUGGCGACGUCUCGUUAAGUUCCUUCCGUCGCUAACUGCAAUAGUGUUUGUGGAUGGAGGGCGACAGUACAAAGAGAAGUACAUGGACAACCUCGCCAGAUUUCCUAAUCUCCGGGACCUCGGGGUGCGAAACGCGACCUGGGAUGAACCACUGCUGGGUCGCUGCCUGACUGAACACCUUCAAGAACGACUUACACACCUGAGCGUGUGUAACGUGCGGCUGCCCAGCACCGUUGAAUUCAUAAGAACUGUGUCGCAGCUGGUCAACCUCCGGUACCUUCUUUUCCACCAGCAGAGUGAGGGUUACGGACUGGACACGGUUAGGCCUGUGCCCCGAGCCGACUUUCAUUCAAUGAUGGUGAAACUAAAGAAGCUAAACCACCUGUCUUGGGGGAUGAAGGGGGAGCCACCGGAGCCGCUCCCUGACGACUACUUAAGUCCAUCAGAUCCAGACUUGCCAGGAGUGUCUUCCUAUUGUGGGCCAACGCUGACCAGCCUGGAGCUUGUGGAUUACCCAGAGACCAUCCUUCCUGAAAAUGCUCUGAGGAGUCUGACCUCCCUUAGGUCUCUUGCUAUCCGCUAUCGGUACAUUAGAGAAGGUAUAGAGUGUCGACUCGGGUCCUGGCUGAACCCUCUGCAACAGCUGAAAUCACUCUCCAUCAUUGGUGGGAAUUCCCUUUCUACAUAUACAACUAAUAUCCCAGAGAGUGUGACCAGACUGACACUGAGAGUUGCCAUAACUCUGAAAGACAUGGACUCCAUUGCACCUAAAGUUCCUGGACUUGAGCACCUGGAUAUUGAGCAGAACCGCUCCAGUGGUAGCCUCUGCAGACGGAUCCCGAUGCUUUUUCCUCAGCUCAAAACUCUUAGGAUUCGAUUUUUUCGUCGUGAGCCUGAGAAGGAUCUCCUAAGUCUCCACAAACUCAAACAUCUGGUGCAGCUUGAGCUACUGGUUGAACGUUCAUUUAUCCUGCGAGAUUACCUAAAUGGCCACCCCUGGCCCAGCCCCUCUGUGCAGGAGCUUAUCAAUGAGCUUCGGGAGCUGUCCGAGAACAGGAUCAACGUCAUCACCACAAUGCGGCCAAGAAACCUUCUACGAGAGUGUGACUGUUUGUGGGAAGGGGACUGAUCAUCUUUAUACCAGUGCUGGGCAUUGAUUUUUUAUUUUUUUUAAAUCUAGAUUAAUCUCACUGUCAUCUUGGAAUUAAUCUAGAUUAAAAUCGCUUAUUUGAAUUCUGCAAAAGGCAUUCAUAUGUAUGUGCCACCUCCAGAAUGUAAAAGAAAAGGUUUACUUUUUUAUGUUUGAAAAAUCACAUGCAAUUCCAUCUUCUUAAGAUUUUGACAGAAAUAUAAAAAGUUUUGCUCAUUUGUUACUCUGUUUUUGCAGCAAAAAAGUGUCCCACUUCCAAUUGGAGAUGUCCCACUUUAACAAGAUAGUGUCUCCAAGAAUCUGACACACACGUCACUUCGAUCAACUUCUCAUCUUUCCACGGCGUGCUGGUCAUGUAUUCUCCUCAUGAUAGUUCGACUCACAGGUAGUUUGUAAGAUGGGUCACCUGUGGCCGCCUGGAGAACAAGCUCGAGGCCAUUGGCCACGCUUAUUCUUUUUUUUUAUCGCCCAAUAGGAGUUUGCCGUUAACACCAAUAAUGUCCCACAACUACUUUAUACAAAUUUUAAAAAACUGUUAACCACUUCAUAGAGCUCUACAGAAAGGUCAUCAAGUCAGAAAUGUUUAAAGGUUCUCUUUUUGCCUGAAGUAAAACAUUGAUUCUAUAUGUAAGCAUCUGUCAAUAAAAAAAAAACUAAUUCAAA